UCAGUUAGUCUUCACUAGUAUUCAUUAUUUAAAUUGAUUUGUUUUUUAUUUGAAAUCAAUUUGCUUUUGACUAAAAGAUGAUUUUAACCUAAACUUGUAUGAGUGAACAUUAACUCCUAAAGUUCAUUUGUGAAGUUGAUUGGUGCUUGUUUUUGGUGUUUUAUUGCUUAAAAUUGAAUUGUAAUUGUUUAUUAUCUCAUUUGUAACUUUCAUGGAAUUGACGGAUUAUCUAAAUUGUGAAAGUGGAUCUAAUCAUUGUAGAAGUGGUGAAUUAAGUGAAUCAAGAAUGUUUUGUCUUGACCAGCGAAACUCAUUGGCUCAUUUUGAUAAAUUAAUGGCCUUUGGUGAUGAUCGUUAUGCCAAAAUUAAGAUUAGUCCGAGUAAUUGGAUUAAAACGGAAGAUGUUCCUGAUAUUGAUUUACCUUAUGUUGAUGUCAAUAGCAAUGAAGAUACAAGUUCAUUAGCGGAAUCGAUUAUGUUAGCUUAUGAUGGGAAUGAUUCUUUUCUUAUUAAAUUGUCUCUAAAUCGAGAGUCCAUCAAAUUUCUUAGACGAUCAUUGAAAUUGGUCGAAGAUCGUCUCGAGUCAACACAGUCAACAAUUAAACGUAAAUGGAAAUCAAAAGUAUAUUCUUAUUUGGAGUCAAUCAAGAGAUACGAUAAAACUGAUCAUCAAUCAUCAACAGAUGAAAGUGAAAGUGAAAAUGAAAGUCAAGUGUACAAAAAGGUUAAAAGAGAUUUAAAGUUCGGAGUUGAUCAUAGUGAAGGAAAACCUAUUGACGGAAUCAAUUGUACUUUCGAGAAACGCUUUCAAUUAAGAGUUAAGAAUGGUAAAGACUUUUGGAUCUACACUAGAAAUUUAAUUGAAAAUGGACGAAUACAAGAACAAAAUUUCCCUGUGAAUAUUUGUUCCUAUUCCAUAUAUCACCUUAAUAAGCGACUGAAAACCUCAAAGAAACUUAAUCCAGAUCCUUGCUUUUUCACUCAUGUGCAAAACAAAGUACCUUGGGAUGAGUCCGAUUUCGAGCAAUUAUUGUUAGUACCAAAAAUACCCAAGGAAACUUCUAAACGAGUAAUCAAGGGAAUGUCACAAGGAAAACUCUACAAUAUUGAUUAUUCUCGCUUGAGUCAAUUGUUCUAUGGGCUUAUUCAUGAACAAAUAAAUGGAAAGGCCAAAUGUCCGCUCUGUAGGAGAGCUUAUAAUACUCGAUCGUCGGUAAUAGAACAUUUGGAAAGCAUUCAUUCAAAUUUCUCUUGUUUUUGUGGUCGGUGCGGUCAUUUAUUCCUUAGAAGUGGUCGAGCACGGAUUCACAAAUGUCCGUCUAAAGAUGAACAUUGAAAUUCAUAAGUAGAUAAUUAAAUGAAAAAUUAUACAAUUGUGACAAAGAAUUAAAUGUUUUACCAUAAUUAAAUUAAAUU